CUCUCUCUCUCUCUGAGAAAUCUGCUAAAGGCUAUGUUCUCCAGCAUGUUGCUUUGUUCCAUGCAUUCCAACAGCUCAAGGAAGAAGAAGAAGCAACAGAGCCACCAGAGUGACCUCGAGAUUGAAGGCAACGACCUUGGAUUGUUUUAUUCUUUUCCUUUCGACAGAGAGCCAGCGGUCGUCAAGUCACCGAGAUUCAAUCUACGAUCUGAUCACAUUCCCAGCCGCGGAGAGCUGAAGCCAAAGAAGAAAGGAGAAAUGGCUAACAAAGUAUCGAAUUUCUCCGACCUAAUCCAACGAGUGGCUGCUUCAUGUUUGCUCCACCCGCUCGCCUCUGCUAGGCAGGAUUCCGGGAAUGUAGCCGAUGUGUACGAGUACGAGACCGACGAGCGGGAGGACUUUGAGCAAGAAGAGGAGGAAGCUGUGGAGGAGGAGGAGAUGGAAGAGAAGAAAGGGAGUGUGAAAGGUUGGGAUCACGACAAGAACAAGAACAAGAACGCAAUGGUGGCUAUUGAGAGAGUGAUAGAGAUGGAGAUGCUAAUGAAUGAAGUUUUCAAUUCAGUUUCGGAGAUGAAGAGGGCGUAUGCGUGUCUACAAGAGGCGCAUUGCCCGUGGGACCCGGAGAGGAUGAGGGUGGCUGACGUGGCAGUAGUAGGGGAGCUAAGAAGGCUGGGUGUUUUGAGAGAGAGAUUUAGGAGGUGCGUCAGUGUUGGUGGCCGUGGCGGGAGAAAGAGAACUGAUGGUAGCGGAAGUGUGGGGAUGUUGAGGGAGGUGGUGGGCCCGUAUGAGGCUGCGGUGGAGGAGCUGCAGAAGGAGGUGAAGUCGAGGGAAGUGGAGGUGGAGAACUUGAAGGAGAAGCUGAAGAACCUUAGCACCAGCCUGAACAAUGGGAGUGGAAAGAAAGGGAGGUCUCAAUCAAAGAGGAAAGUCAGCUGCAGUCUGGCUGCUCAAGUUGCAGCAGCACCAGCUCCAGAUCUUUUUGAAGCAACGAUGAACCAGGUGAAAGAGUCCUUAAAGUCCUUCACGUCGCUUCUCUUAUCCCUUAUGCGCGCUGCCCACUGGGACAUUGCUGCUGCUGUCCGCUCCAUUGAAGCUGCGGCUGCCACCGUCAACCACUCUACUGCGAUAUCAUCCACCAAUAUAACCCACCAUGCCAAGUAUGCUCUGGAGUCCUACAUUUCUCGGAAAAUCUUCCAGGGCUUUGACCAUGAGACCUUUUACAUGGAUGGCAGCCUUUCCUCGCUUCUCAACCCAGACCAGUUCCGCCGUGACUGCUUUACUCAGUACCGUGACAUGAAGGCUAUGGACCCCGUUGAGCUCCUAGGAAUCUUGCCAACUUGUCACUUUGGGAAAUUCUGCUUCAGAAAGUACGUUGCCAUAGUUCAUCCAAAAAUGGAGUCGUCCUUGUUAGGAAACUUGGAGCAACGCCAGCAAGUAUUGGCUGGUAGCCAUCCAAGGAGUCAGUUUUAUGGUGAGUUCUUGGGGUUGGCCAAAGCCAUUUGGUUGCUUCACUUGCUGGCAUUUUCGCUCGACCCUGCACCAAGUCAGUUUGAGGCAAGUAGGGGAGCUGAGUUUCAUCCACAAUAUAUGGAGAGUGUAGUGAAAUUUUAUGGUGGCCAAAUUCCAGCAGGUCAAAUUGUGGGGUUCCCUGUUAGUCCUGGAUUCAAGCUUGGAAAUGGAUCAGUUAUCAAGGCAAGGGUUUAUCUAGUUCCCAGGACAUGAAUUAUUUGCAGUUUCGGUUGUAGAAUGCAAUCUCUGUGCUGUAGGAUGCAACGGGUUGAUUGGUUAUCUCACAAACUUUUCUUCUCUCGAGAAAACUUCUAAGACGUUCUAGAAGAGAAAUGUUUUGCUAGUUUUAGUCGGGAUAUAUAGUGAGGUUACUGGUACUAAGUUCCGAAUAAAAAAAAGAUUGCUGGUACUAUGUCGUGUAAUGAUGAAGUUGUGUCGUUUCGGAUGGGAAUCCUUGGGCUAUUUGUCUUAAAGGCAUUUGUUCUUCAGUGUAUAAUUAAUUUAUUACUUAUUCAAAGUAUAGCAGUUCAGGUUUUUCAA